AUGGCCCCCGUAGGCCCCCGCGCCUCCAAAGAGGAGUUCAUGCAAGCCCUCGGCCUCAACUCCCACGACCCCCAGCACGAGCAACACUACCGCGCAAUGCGAGACGAAACAAUCCAAAUCUACGCAUACCUAAACACCUCCCCCACAAACCUCCUAGACAGUCUCGCGUCCGACCCCGGCACAAAACCCCCUUACUUCUGGCACCACAUCAAGCCCGAGCGGCAGCAGUGGGCGAUCCGCGAGAUCGCGCGCAACGCGAGCCCGCGCACGAGACCGCUCUUUGCGUCCGGCGAGACGGGCGGCGAGUAUGCGCCGAAUUGGGUCGCCGGGUGGUUGCUUUAUAGUGUCUUUCGGAGUCGGGAUGUGCGCAAUAAUCGGAAUCGGAGGAGGGGCGAGGAUGGGUCUGCUGCUGCUGCUGUGCAGGGGCAAGCGUCAAGACAGUUGAGGCAGCAGGGGAAUGAUACUGGGCAGCAGGUGAAGAAGGAGUAUUAUGAUCCGGUGAGGAAUGGAUAA